GCGGAGCCGCAGCCGCUCGCUGCCCCCCCGGCCACAGUCACCCCCUCCCCGGCCACGUUCAGCCCCGUCCCGGUCACAUCCAUCCCCUCCGGACCCACAGCGAGUGCCCCCCGGCCGCCCCCUGCACUCGCUGAAGGACUUUGGGACCAGCCCUUUGCGGUGUUUUUAGCGCACCAAGAGUUGAAAAAUGCCACGCUCCGGCUUUUCGGCGGAGCCGAAGUUCGCGGGGCGCGGGGAGGGGGUGGCUACAACUCCUGUGGAUCAGCCGGGAGCGAUGCCCGGGAUGCGGUGGGCAGCUGGCAGGGAUGCUCCCCGCGGCCCCGGGGGCUGCCGUGCUCGCAGCCCUGCGUGCCAGGCAGCGAGGAAAACGCUCUCUAACUCAAGAUUUUUCUCGGGCUCUGGAUCGGAAAGAAAAAGGGCUCAUUGUUCUGGAACGCGUGUCGGUGGAGUUGUGCUCGGGAAUGAUUUGCCUUCGGAAUGUGCGAGGUGCUCGUUGUGUGCGCAGACGUGCGGGGUCGGCGCUGCCCUGACUCCUUUAGCGAACGAGCAGCGCUGAGCCCGGGCACUGGGGGGAAAACUCCACGCAGAAACCUCUUCCUAGGCCCAACUUUAUUCCGUGUGAUUUACGCCUGAACUCUGGCACAGCCGCGGCUCUGGGCCGGGGCUCUGCGUAGGUGAGCGAUGCUGCGAGCGCCGCUCGGCUCGUCGCCCAUCAGGCUGGAUUCUUUCCUUUCGCAGGGUCGAGACCUCAAGGUUGCGACCCCGGGGGGAGUUAACUGAACAAGCCGGGGGUUCGCUUCGCCUCCCGCUCCCCCUUUGCGGGGAGGUGCUGCUGGCUGGAGGCUCCAGCGCUGUCCCUGCCUCCCCGGGGACCUCCCGCUGGCGGGGGAUGCUGAGGGACAGCUCAGCCGCCGCAUCCCGGCCGUUCUGACGGAGCGCUGGUGGGCUCCAGCAGCCCCCACCACCACCAGGGGAGAUCCCCCCCAGCAGGAACCAGCCCUUUGUCUCAGCCUUUUCUCCGGGAAGCCGCUCAGCAGCCACAUCCCGGCUGGAUGUGACCGCUGCAUCGAGCACAGAGCAGAGCCCCCCCUGCUUUCCCUGCGCUGGGAGCCGGGAGCCUACGGCGUUCGGAGAGCGAGGAGCAUCCCUCUGGAGUCUCUGGCUCUCCCGUGGAGCCGACAGCACCCAGCAACCAGCUCCUGGGUGCUCAGACGUGUGUGCUCACAGAGUUAUGUCAUGCCCAGACCACCAAAGGGCUCCAUGAGGAUUUAUGGAAGAUGCCCCGUGUCUUGGCGCCUCUGGUGCUCCUUCUGCUGUGGCUGAUGAGGAUCUCUGCCAGCCCCCAUUCCCUGAGGAUUGCUGCCAUCCUGGAUGACCCCAUGGAGUGCAGCAGAGGGGAGAGGCUCUCCAUCACCCUGGCCAAGAACCGCAUCAACCGCGCGCCCGAGCGGGCGGGGAAGGCCAAGGUGGAGGUGGACAUCUUCGAGCUGCUGCGGGACAGCGAGUACGAGACAGCAGAAACCAUGUGCCAGAUUCUCCCCAAAGGAGUGGUUGGAGUCCUGGGACCUUCCUCAAGCCCAGCCUCGAGCUCUAUUAUCAGCAAUAUCUGUGGGGAGAAGGAGGUUCCUCACUUCAAAGUGGCACCGGAGGAGUUCCUGAAGCUGCAGCUCCAGCGCUUCACCACCCUCAACCUCCAUCCCAGCAACACCGACAUCAGCGUGGCCGUGGCAGGAAUCCUGAAUUUCUUUAACUGCACCACUGCCUGCCUCAUCUGUGCCAAAGCUGAAUGCCUUUUAAACCUGGAGAAGCUGCUCCGGCAGUUCCUCAUUUCCAAGGACACGCUCUCGGUGCGGAUGCUGGAUGACAGCCGGGAUCCCACCCCUCUCCUGAAGGAGAUCAGGGAUGACAAGACAGCCACAAUCAUUGUCCAUGCCAACGCUUCCAUGUCCCACACCAUCCUGCAGAAGGCAGCUGAGCUGGGGAUGGCAUCUGCCUAUUACACCUAUAUCUUCACUAAUCUGGAGUUCUCCCUCCAGCGCCUGGACAGCCUGUUGGACGACAGAGUCAACAUCCUGGGAUUUUCCAUUUUCAACCAGUCUCAUGCCUUCUUCCAAGAGUUUGUCCAGAGCCUCAACCAGUCCUGGCAGGAGAACUGUGAUCACGCUCCGUUCACUGGGCCAGCACUCUCCUCUGCCCUGCUCUUCGACGCCGUGUACGCCGUGGUGACGGCCGUGCAGGAGCUCAACCGCAGCCAGGAGAUCGGGGUGAAGCCCCUGUCCUGCGGCUCUGCCCAGAUCUGGCAGCACGGCACCAGCCUCAUGAACUACCUGAGAAUGGUAGAAUUGGAAGGUCUCACCGGCCACAUCGAAUUCAACAGCAAAGGCCAACGGUCCAACUACGCCCUGAAAAUCCUGCAGCACACCCGGGCUGGAUUCCGGCAGAUUGGCCACUGGCACGUGUCUGAAGGACUCAGCAUGGACAACAGGAUCUUCUCCUCCAACAUAUCAGACAGUCUGUUCAACACCACGCUCAUUGUCACCACCAUCCUGGAAAACCCUUACUUAAUGCUGAAGUGGAACCACCAGGAGCUGGAAGGCAACGACCGCUACGAGGGCUUCUGCGUGGACAUGCUGAAGGAGCUGGCAGAGAUCCUGCGCUUCAACUACAAGAUCCACCUCGUUGGGGACGGGGUUUACGGUGUCCCCGAGGCCAAUGGCACGUGGACAGGGAUGGUGGGCGAGCUCAUUGCCCGGAAGGCUGACUUGGCUGUGGCGGGGCUGACGAUCACGGCCGAGCGGGAGAAGGUGAUUGAUUUCUCCAAGCCCUUCAUGACUCUGGGAAUUAGCAUUCUCUACAGAGUUCAUAUGGGCCGCAAACCCGGCUACUUUUCCUUCCUGGACCCCUUUUCUCCCGGAGUGUGGCUCUUCAUGCUGCUCGCCUACCUGGCCGUGAGCUGCGUCCUCUUCCUGGUGGCUCGGUUGACACCGUACGAGUGGUACAGCCCCCACCCCUGCUCCCAAGGCCGCUGCAAUCUCCUGGUGAACCAGUACUCUCUGGGCAACAGCCUGUGGUUCCCAGUGGGGGGGUUCAUGCAGCAGGGCUCCACCAUCGCCCCCCAGGCACUGUCCACGCGCUGCGUCAGUGGAGUCUGGUGGGCGUUCACCUUGAUCAUCAUCUCCUCCUACACGGCCAACCUGGCUGCCUUCCUCACGGUGCAGCGCAUGGACGUCCCCAUCGAGUCCGUGGAUGACCUGGCUGACCAGACCACCAUCGAGUACGGCACCAUCCACGGCGGCUCCAGCAUGACCUUCUUCCAAAACUCCCGCUACCAGACCUACCAGAGGAUGUGGAACUACAUGUACUCCAAGCAGCCCAGCGUCUUCGUGAAGAGCACGGAGGAGGGGAUCGCGCGCGUGCUGAACUCCAACUACGCCUUCCUGCUGGAGUCCACCAUGAACGAGUAUUACCGUCAGCGCAAUUGCAACCUCACGCAGGUCGGGGGCCUUCUGGACACCAAGGGCUACGGGAUUGGCAUGCCCGUCGGCUCUGUGUUCCGAGACGAGUUCGACCUGGCCAUCCUCCAGCUGCAGGAGAACAACCGCCUGGAAAUCCUCAAGCGCAAGUGGUGGGAAGGAGGGAAGUGCCCCAAAGAGGAGGACCACAGAGCCAAAGGCCUGGGGAUGGAGAAUAUUGGUGGAAUCUUCGUGGUGCUCAUCUGUGGCUUGAUCGUAGCAAUUUUUAUGGCAAUGCUGGAAUUUCUGUGGAGCCUUCGACACUCUGAGCAGUCAGAGGUGUCGGUGUGCCAAGAGAUGGUGACGGAGCUGCGCAACAUCAUCCUGUGCAAGGACAGUUUCCAGCCCCGCCGGCGGCGCGGGGGGCCGGUACGGACUCGCCCCGUUAUCCCGGAGGAGCGCCGAGCCCGCAGCACAACCACGCUCAGCAACGGGAAGCUGUGCAGCGGGGGGGAGCCAGACCCCCUGGCACAAAGACUGGCACAAGAAGCCGCCCUGGUCGCCCGGGUGCACCCACAUCAGGGUGUGCCCCGAGUGCCGCCGCUUCCAGGGGCUGCGGGCGCGGCCGGCCGCGGGAUCGCCCGCGCGGAGCGAGGAGAGCCUGGAGUGGGACAAGACCACCAACAGCAGCGAGCCCGAGUAACGCCGGGGACCGGGGGGCGCAGGGGAGGGGGCGAGAGGGUCCUGUUCCAUUUUACAGAACACGGACUUGUACAAUGUCAACUCGUUUUUAAACCACUAGCGGUCACCCGGCUUCCCCAGGGCAAGGCGGACCUUUGGGCCUGGCCGGAGGGUUUCGGUGUCCCGGGGGACACGGGGCUGGCUGAAGCCUGGUGUGGCAGGAGAGAGGUCCUCAGGCUGGUCUCCGGUGGUUGUCUCCGUGCCACCGAAGGAGGAAGGACGUGGUGGUAACUGGUGUAGCAGGUAUUGCCCACCCAGGGUGGAGGCAAGAGCGGUUCUUGGAACUUCUCCACGCCCAGGUCAGGAGAAGGGACACCGGCGCUGUCUCUCCACCAAACAGACUUACCAGGGGGUGUUCUCAAAGGGCGGGGGGAGGGAGUUUUUAUUUGACGUGGACAAGGGAGGGGAAGGGGAGGAGUCAUUGUUUUGUUUUGGUUUAAUUUGGGCACGUCAGGACCUAGUCUCCAAGGCACCAGGUUUCAGGUGCUGAGCUCUUCUUCCUUUUCAGAGUGUUGGCAGGUGGACUGAAGGAGGAAGGGAAGGGUGGGAUGGGAUGGGAUGGGAUGGGAUGGGAUGGGACAUGCUCCCCGUGAGAAGCAGCAUUUGCUGAAAGUCCAUCUGAGGAGUUGUUAAAAUUACAUAUAUAUAUAAAUAUAUCUAUACAUAGAUAUAUAUAUAUUAAAAUGCCAAAAAAAAAAAUCUCAACCAACAAACACAGUGAACUCAAAGAGGCCUUGAAACGCCUGGAAUUUCAGGGGUUCUGUGUCUUUUGUUUCGUUCUGGGGUUACCUUUUGCUUUUUUUCUUCCUUUUUGUUUUUGGGAUGAGGGUGGGGGAGCCUUUUGAGGAAGGUGAGGUGGGAGCAGGUGAGAAUGGGGAGCACUGGAAGGGGGGGGGGGCUGCCCUUCCCCACCAGUGGAGGGAGGUGGUGUUGGUACCCCCAAAGUGUCCACAGCCCGUGCCCUGCACGCUCCUGAGGUGACUCUGAGCUCUGCCCCAGGCUCAGGAGCUCCCCAUGUGACCCACAGAGCACCCUCAGCUUCGAGGGUGACUCACAGCCCUUGUCCAGCAGCCACACAGCAUUUGGGAAAACCAUUAGCCCGGGAUCUCAUGUAAGGAAAAUAUUUACUUCCCUAGAAACAGCAGCAGCAGCUCACCCUCUGCUUGGAACAGACGUGGGGGUUUACACUGACGAAUUUAACUUUCUGAUUGAAAAACAAAUUCUAUGCAAUUUCUGAUUGUAAAAGGAAAGAGAUGACAAUGGAGAGGGGCAGGGGAGAUAAAGCCUUGAGUGAAGGUACAUCCUGUUCUUGAAUUGUUUUCUUUUCUUUUUGUCUUGAAUGUACUGAAAUAAAAGAUGUCCUUGUAUAAUUA